AUGUCCUCUCUCGUGUCGUCAAUCACCUCUACCCUGUACGCGAUAUUCUUCCGCCCUGUCGCUUCGCGAAACAUCCUUACCCUCUCCGGCACGAACCGCAUAACCCUGAACAACGCCAUCUCGUCCUUCGGCUUCAACGUUGCCGUCAAACAAAUCACGGGUACGCCGAAAUCCUGCAAUGUCUCCCCUAUCCGCAUCAUCAUCGGUCGGAACCCCUUGCUGCACUGCAAAACCGUGUGGCACUCAUCCACCACGACCCGGUCCAACCUUUGCUGCCCGUGCAUCCGCUCGACAAACGUUCUGAAUCCCUUGCUGACGGCUGACUCGGGCGUCACAAACACCAACGAUGCCGCUCUCUGUAUCACCCCUCGACUUCUCCAUACGUAUGCCUCGAUCCCCAACUUGGAACAACGCACCGCCAUGUCGUCCUGCAACGCUACCAACGGCGUCACCACUACCGUCACCCCAUCCGGUGUGCAAUAUGCUGGCAACAUGAACGUCAAACUCUUGCCGCCACCCGUCGGUGCGAUCUGCACGAUGGGCCACUCGCCUCGCGCCACGGCCCGGAUGACCGAUUCCUGCUGCCCCUGA